CUGCAGGACACCAUCUCACACCAAAGCCACGGAGUACCGUCUCAGCAACCUCCAAGAUGAAGUCCAUCCUAAUUCUCCUAUUCCUCUUCACCACCCUAUCCUCCAGCUCCCCAACCCGCCGCUCCAUAACCCACCCAGGCCUCCUCCACACCACGGCCGACUUCACUCGCAUCACCACCAAGGUCACCUCUAAAACCGAGCCCUGGUACACCGGCUGGCAAAAGCUAACCAACCAUGCCGACGCCGCCUACAAGCCCUCCCCCGUCGCCACCCUCUGCCGCGGAAGCGGCUCCGACGUUACUUGCACCCAGAACUACGCGUCCCUCUACCUCGACGUCUCCGUUGCCUACGUAAAUGCCAUUUACUGGGCCGUCACGGGUGAUACCGCCCACGCCGAUGCCGCAGGUUCUAUUCUGGACGGCUGGUCUUCGACGUUGAAGACUAUUGACGGGUCGGCGGAUAGGUUCCUUGCUUCGGGGCUGUACGGGUACCAGCUCGCUAACGCAGGGGAGAUAUUGCGCUCGUAUGACGGGUGGGAUGGGUUGACUGAUUUAGUGACGAUGUUGAAGGGGGUGUUUUACCCCAUGAACCACAAUUUCCUGGUUAACCACAACGACGCGGCGGUGGAUCACUAUUGGGCGAAUUGGGAUUUGUGUAACAUGGCUUCGAUACAUGCGAUUGGGGUGCUGGCCGAUGAUCAGGGGUACAUUGAUGAGGCGGUGGAUUACUUCAAGGCGGGGGACGGGAACGGGGCGAUUGAGAAGAUGGUGUGGACGCUAUUUACGGAAGAUGGGUCGAAUAAGGAGUUGGGGCAGGGACAGGAGGCUGGAAGGGAUCAGGGGCAUUCGGCGUUGGAUUUUGCGCUGCUGGGGGUUUUGGCGCAGCAGAGCUAUAAUCAGGGCGUUGAUCUGUUUGGGUAUUUGGAUAACCGAAUCCUGGCAGGCUUCGAGUACUUCGCCAAGUACAAUCUCGGCUACGACGUCCCGUACACGACGUACGACAAUUCGGACAACGUUGGUCAGGCCGUUAUUUCCGAUAACAGCCGAGGGAUCAUCCGCCCCAUUGGCGAACUGCUCUUUGCGCACUAUAGCUCUGCCAAAGGACUCAAUGCUUCUUGGACAGGUGCCUAUCGCGAUAUGGUCAUCAAUGAUGGCGGAGGUGCGGAAGGGGGAGGUGGUGAUUAUGGGAGCACCAGUGGAGGAUAUGAUCAGCUUGGACUUGGGACGGUGCUUUACCGCCUGCAGUAA